UAAGUGAUGGGAUUGAUGGAGAUGACACACAGGAAACCAAACCCAAAUUGCAGCCUCUUCUGACAGAUGAUAACACUGCAGACUCUGCAGAAAGUUCUCACAGUGACAAAGAGGAGGAGACAGAAAAAACAGAUCCAGGGAGUAAAGAAUCACCUGGUGAAAUUCAAGAUCCACCGUUCACCGUGCCGUAUCAGAACCACAAGUGCUCUAGCACCUGCCUUGCCAACAGGGCAGCAGGCUCCUUCAAGGGUGAAAAUCCUCUGAAGAUCCCAAUCCUGUUCCAGUUCCAGAGGCGCCAUGCAAAAGCAGACUGCCUCUCCAAGGCCCUGGAUGUGAGUUACAAAGCUCCUUGUGGUCGAAGUCUGAGGAGCUUUCGAGACGUGCAGAAUUAUCUGUUUGAAACAGAGUGCAAUUUCUUAUUUGUGGAUCACUUCUCCUUCAAUACCUACGUCCUGCUGGGCAGGAACGUUGCACGUCCUGAACCCCUGGUGUUUGAUUUUGACAUUAGCCAUGGGGCUGAGUCUGUGCCUGUUUCCUUCUGUAAUGACCUUGACCGAGCCAGGUUACCUUAUUUCAAGUACCGGAGAGCAUCGUGGCCACGUGGAUAUUAUCUCAACAACUUCUCCAGUGUGUUUGUUGAUUCGUGUGACUGCACAGAUGGCUGCAUUGAUAGGUCAAAAUGUGCAUGCUUGCAGCUAACUGCAAGAGGCUGUAGUAAAGUUUCUCUGUCUUCAAGUAUUAAAACAUCUCAUGGAUACAGUUACAAAAGGCUGGAGGGACCUGUUCCUAGUGGGAUUUACGAGUGCAGCCUGCUGUGCAGGUGUGACAAGCUGAUGUGUCAGAACAGAGUUGUGCAGCAUGGCAUCCAGCUCAGGCUGCAGGUGUUCAACACGGAGAAGAAGGGCUGGGGCGUCCGCUGCCUGGAUGACAUCGACAAGGGCACCUUUGUUUGUACUUUCUCAGGCAGAUUAAUGAGCAAAAGUGAAGGUCAGGUAUUUGGAGAUACUGGUCAAGAGCUGAAGGAGAAGAGUGAUGUGAGUGGCAGAGGCCAUGGCUUUUUUUCAAAAAAAAGAAAACUUGACACUGAUUGUUCAGACUCUGUGACUGAACUAACACAGGCUGGCAAAAAUUACAUUCUUGAGAAGCAGGAAUCUUUGUCUCAGACUGUGGAUAAUGAAAAUAAAUCAACCCUGAUUCAUCCAAGGAAUUUAAGUAUUGCAACCUCAAGAAGGCCUGGAACUGGGACAGCUGUUUUACAUAAUCACCAGCUAAAAAUGGAAAGUGAUCCACUGGUGCACAGUGCCAGCUCAGAUGAAGAUAAUAGUUCUCAGAUUCAUCAGUCAAGCAAAACAAAACUAACCAGUGGAGCAAAGAAAGGAAAAGAAAAAUCCAGUCAGCAGCAGAGGGAAGAACAUCCCAUGGAAAUUGGACAGACUGAGUCUGCUGGCAUGGACAGUGCAGAAUGCAAAAGAAAGGGUCUGUCUCUGCAGGGUGUUGCUUGUGGCAAGGCAGAUGUGCUGGCUGAUGAGUAUGUUGUGAGGCCAUCCAAAAACGCCCCACUAAAAGCUGACUGCAAAGAGGAAAAUCCCAGGCAGCCAAAACAAGAUGUGUUUUGUGAGGAGGCUGAUGGUGAUGGGAUGUUUCUGAAGACUGCUACUGAAGAAAAUACUUAUGCACUGGAUGCCACAAAAGAAGGAAAUGUGGGUCGUUUUCUGAACCACAGCUGCUGCCCAAAUCUCUUUGCACAGAGUGUGUUUGUAGAGACUCACAACAGGAGUUUCCCAUGGGUGGCGUUCUUCACAAACAGGCAUGUGAAAGCUGGAACUGAACUCACCUGGGAUUAUGGUUACGAAGCUGGAAGCAUGCCAGGGACAGAAAUUUCCUGUCAGUGUGGAGUUCAGAAGUGCAGGAAAAAAACCUUAUAG